GUGGUGGUGGAGGGGGGAGAGAGAGGGAAGCUGAUGUCAUUAGCAGGGGUGUGCGAGUGCAUCAGCAGCCAUGUCACAUGCUGCUAGGUGGGUCAGUGAUGCGGACGGAGAUGCAUGGCAGUUGCACCGGGCACAGAGGCAGCAGGUUAGCUCCGCCGUCAGCCAGGGUAGGGGGAGAUGUGGUGAGUCAGAGCUGGCUGCGGUGGGCAGUAGGAGGAUGCUUUUCCCCAACUGUGGGGUCAUACCCGGAUCCCAGGAUAUGCCUUCAUCCAGGGGCCCGUCAAAUGUCACAGACCUGGGCCUUGGCCUCCAGUCACUUCGUCUGUCUGGCUGGGACAGACCGUGGAGCAACCAGGAGAAUGACACCCAUACCACCUCAUCCCAGGUUCAGACUGGAUCACCUUCCAUGCUAGGUAUACUGAACAGUCCCUUCAGUAGCCUUCUUGAGAAACCCCCAGGCUACUUGCCCCAUGAGUCCAUGAGCAUGACUGCUGACUUCCUGGAGAAGUUCCCUGGCAUGGCGCGCAUGACGAACCGACUGGACUCCAGCUCCUUCUUGGACUCUCGCUCCAGCAGUCCUGAAGACUCUGAAACCAGUGGCUUCAGCUCUGGCUCAGAUCAUCUCUGUGACAUGCUGUCAACUUUGCGGAUUUCCCCUCCUCUUCCCUAUAUGGCAUCAAGCAUGCAGAAGGAUCUGCUGCGUUUGGGCUCCCGUCUGGACCCCCAGGACACGAGCUCUCCUUUGACCCCACCAUCCAGUGCCAGCCCUGUCUCAAGCGUGCCUCGCCGCUGGCGUAGCGGCUCGCUGUGGCCAGGCUCGGACAUGCUGGACCAGACAGAUGACUCGUUCAGCAUUGAGAGGGAGGCUCGUCUGCACAGACAGGCUGCAGCUAUCAAUGAGGCCUCGUUCACUUGGAGCGGUCAGCUGCCUCCUAGGAACAACAAGGAUCCUCUGUUCUCCUGCAAGGUCUUUCUUGGUGGCGUGCCCUGGGACAUCACAGAAGCUGGGCUGAUCAACACCUUCAGUGGAUAUGGCCCUCUGACUGUGGAGUGGCCGGGUAAGGAUGGGAAGCACCCUCGCUGCCCUCCCAAAGGUAAUGUGGCCAAAGGCUAUGUUUACCUGGUGUUUGAGAAUGAGAAGUCUGUCCGGACUUUGCUCCACGCCUGCUCCAAGGACCCAUUUCACCCUGAUGACAACAGGGAGUACUACUUCAAGAUGUCCAGCCGCAGAAUGCGAUGCAAGGAUGUGCAGGUGAUACCCUGGGUGAUCUCUGACAGCAACUAUGUGCGCUGUCCUGCCCAGCGUCUGGACCCCAGUAAGACGGUGUUUGUUGGGGCUCUGCACGGCAUGUUGAAUGCUGAGGCGCUGGCCAGCAUCAUGAAUGACCUGUUUGGAGGAGUCAUGUACGCUGGGAUUGACACGGACAAGCACAAGUAUCCCAUAGGCUCUGGACGUGUCACUUUCAACAACCAGCGCAGUUAUCUGAAGGCUGUGUGCGCAGCAUUUGUGGAGAUCAAAACACCCAAGUUUACAAAGAAGGUUCAAAUCGACCCUUACCUGGAAGACUCCAUGUGUCAAGUUUGCCUUCGCACACCUGGGCCUUUCUUCUGCAGAGACCAGGCCUGCUUCAAGUACUACUGCCGCUCCUGCUGGCACUGGCAGCACUCGAUGGACAUCCUGAGCAACCACCGGCCCCUCAUGAGGAACCAGAAGAACAGGGACUCCAGCUAGAGCAGAUGGAUCCAGGAUCUCUGAAGGGCCAGACGAGCCAGUCCAAGGGACAAGGCUGCCCUCCGAGGAGAGCACGUGUGCCAGACAUCCUUCAGUACGAGGACGCCGGGGCACUCCACCAGGCACUGGGGAUAUCACUGUAGAAAAUGUUCACUUUUGCACUUGCUACAUUUUUGCUGUUGUUCACAGUGGCACUAUGCACAGUGACCUUGUUGGGAAAGACAAGGGGCCCUUCACACUUAUGCAUUUUUCCCAGACUUGUGGCCAGACAGAAUGAUGGGAGUCAGGCUAAGGUUAAGAAGUGGAUGAAAAUGCCAUUUCUUUUUGUUUUUUCUUUUUUCAUUUACAUGUUGCAUAGUGAAGAGCAAUCACGCAAGUCUCAUUGCCAUUCAUUGGCAAAUGCCAUACAGUGCCUUUAAAUUUUUAUUUUUUUCCCCUCUUCCCUCCCCUUGCCCCAGUUGGCAUCUGUUUUCCUGUGCAAACCAACUGGUGUUUCUUACUUUUGGGAGUUGAAUGUUGGGCUUCAUUUAACCAGUCGCAUUUCAGACAUUUUUACGCAGUUUUUUACUAAUUUGUACACAAACGGUUUUAAGUCAUGACAUGAAAAUUUUGAACAGAAUUCUACCAGGUGGCUGUUUAUGGGAAAACCCCUAUUUUUUUUUAUUUUUAUUUUUUCCUUUUUUUUUGUCUCAUACAUUUUUCAGUGGCUAUUUUUAUUUUAUUUUUUUUCUUUAAUUUGCCCUCCCAAAUUUCAACUGAAUGGGCACAAAAUGUUGGAUGUACUACUUUAACUUGCUUCGUUGGUCCAGUUAUAUUAAAUGUGUAUUGUUACUACUGGAUAUGUAAACAGAUAUCUGUCAGUUUUCAAGCAACUGAUGGAUCCGGUUGAAGCUAGAGUGAAACGUUUGAUUGUAGAUGGUUUGAUUUUGCACUUUUUAAUUUGCACGUGUGGAGAGGUGGCAAUGGUUUUUAAUCACUUAUUUUGUACAUCAGCAGGGGGACAUGCCUACGGUAGAACAGCUGCUUGUUUCCUGUUGAAUGUAAGAACUUUCCACUUAGCUGAUAAAUUAUCUAUCAGAGCUUGAGUAGACCCUGGUAAAUGAUCCUUCGCUUUCUUAUCCCAUUUCGCCUUCCUGUUCUAGUUGAACUUCAAUGCAUAAUAAGCUGUGUGCCAAAGACAAAUGUGUCUUUACUUUAUCCAUUAGGUUUGUCACGCUGAGCUUGUUGUCCUUUAGCCCAGCUGCUUUUUAGAGUUUUGAAAGUCUACCUCAUUGUGGUCUGCCAAGU